AUGACCUACAUUGUGAAGUUUAUUUAUUUUUCGUUUACCGUUUUUGUAUGUUUACAUCAAACUUCUGCAAUAGAUUGCUUCAAAUGCGUAUCAAUCGGUGGGAACAACAAAGAAUGUGACGACCCUUUUCACAACAACGGAACAAUUGGAUACUUAGAAUCUCCUUGUUUGAGCGGGCGAAAAGGCCGCGAUGGUCUUUUUCCAGCAACUUCUUGUGUUAAACUUGCUGGAUUUUACUAUGAUACUGGGGUGUCGUUGACAGUGAGAACAUGUGCGUUGGACAGUGGGACUCUGACAACCGAUUCAGAAUUGGUCAGAAUGUCACAUUGUGGAGGAUUUUACUUUGAUGAUAAGUACGUUCGAGGGUGCGUGCAAUCUUGUAACGAUGUAGACGCAUGUAAUUCAUCUUUCUCAAUUACAGGAAGAUAUCUUACUUAUUAUCUAACAGUUAUAAUAUUACAAGUUUUUUCAUUAUUAUAUUGUUAA